ACGAUCAAACUGUCGCUACAAAACGACAAGAGAAUGGAAGCAUUCUAUCUCUUGUGCUCAAUCCUCUCCACAUUUUUUACUUCCCUCGCUCUCUCCCUCCUCCUUCCCUUCCGCACGGUCUUCCGCCUCCUUCAUCCGCCGCUGACGUCUCCUUCAUCCGCCGCUGACGUCUCAGACUCAGUUUCUCUGUACGAAGGCACCGUGUGGCACGAGCGCCGUCGCCCUGUCCGCCACUCUUUCAAGUAUCCCGUACGCUACGCGCUCUUCGACCUUGACCAUGCGCUCCACGCGCCGCUUGACCAUCUCUCCGCUGGAGAAGCUCGCCGAGUGGCUGAGACUAAUGGACCAGUUUUACUCUUAACUAUACCUCGUAGUGUGGGAUAUGAACAAAAUCCUUUGAGUUUGUAUUACUGCUAUCAAGUGGAAGGCUCUACUCAGUGUUUGAAGAAAUGCAUUGCUGAGGUAACUAAUACACCAUGGGGCGAAAGAGUAACAUUUGUUUUUAAUCCCAAUUCAGAUUUGGUGGCUAAACCAUUACAUGUCAGUCCUUUUAUGGAUAUGCUUGGGACUUGGAACAUCAGGGCUAAUUCUCCUGGAGAGAAUUUAAAUAUAUCAAUCUCAGUUCAGCAUCCUCAGCUUGGUGACUAUUUUGUAGCUACCUUGAGAGCAAAAAGGGUCUCCUCAGUAAUGGUGUCUGAUCAUGCCAUGUUCUUCUGGUUAAUGCCUCAUAAGGUUGCACUGUGGAUAUAUUGGCAUGCGAUUAAGCUAUGGUGGAAAAAUUUGUCAUUUAUCCAACACCCUAGGUAUACUAACCCAGAGUAUAGGAAGGAAGCUUUGAUACGUGAUCAGAAACUUCAAUGCUGUCCAGCUGUUGGAGGCAAUAAUGAUAAUUAUUUGCAAGUUGAAGGAAGUGAUCUGAGAUAUCAGGCUGACCGGAAUAUUGGGGAUCGUUGGUUUGCAUGGAGAGAUGCUAAGUGGCCUUGGUCUUGAAUGUUAUCGGGGAUUGUUUCAUCAUGAUAUGACUAAUGCAUCGGAAGCAACCAUUGAGAAGUACUAAAACCACAUUAGAGAUAUUUUGCUGUAAAUGGUAAGAACCUAACUUCAUACAUGAGAGACAACAGCACAUUGUUUCAAGUUUCAACCAUGCUUCUCAACUGGUGGGUUUGUUAUUUAGCUAGUGUUUCAUGCAAUGCAAGACAUUGAUGGAUCAUGGAUCUGAGUUUAAUGGUCUGCAUUUGUCCCAUUAGGUAAAUUUCCAUCGUGAUUUGAUCAACCCCAUGAGCUGCAAUAUGCUAUGUUCGAUUUUUCUUGACAUCUACUUGGGCAAUUCAUGUUGCAAAUUCAAUCCACGAUGUGCAUUUUUUUAUUAUGUUAUUAAAGAUUCUUUCUUUUCAUGCAUGAAAUGUGAUAGCAUAUGACAUAUUGGCAGUUUUCGUGCCUAAUUUCCAAAUAUACAAGAUGGUUUCACAUCAUACGGCGCUUCAUUUAAGUCAAGUUGGCUGAAUUCCCAUUUCCUAGUUUGUCUUUGUCCAUACAACCUUGUGAUUUAUAUGUUGAAUUGAUUGGCAUAGUGUUGUCACGUUUACAAUGAGGUAAAUUGGGAGGACUGACCCCACUCAAGAAUUUAAUUCCUG